AUGCAGGAAAUUGGUCAUUUUAGAAAGUGCAGGAAAGGCUGGAAAAUGAGCCUGCACGCAGAGAGAAGCAAGUAUGUCCAGCUGGCGCCCGUGCAUCUUGUUUUUUCGCUACUCUCUGGGCACUCUUACUCCAGAGGGUUUGCAAGGAUGCUGGAUCCUGGGCACGGACUAGCGGGAGUGCAUCAGCAGUACGCCCGACGGGUAAAGAUGGUGCUGAUACGGUCCCGGGGCUUCACGCUAUUAUUUCGUGUGGGACGGGGAAAGACGGGAUCUCUCCGUCUCUUCUUGCGCUGGGGCAGUGCAGGGCGAAUGGCUUUCUCUUGUGCCACGGGAAGAGUGCUUUCUGGGGUGCGCCUAUUCCGUGAUGCUUUGGUCAAUUUUUUGCAGGCGUCCAAUUGGGGAGAAGCAGCUUCAUUGGUGAUUGCUUGUUUAUUUACAAAGCAAAACCGGCAGAGAAUGCACAGAGUAAGAGCGGAAAUAAACAAACUAUUUAAAAAGAACUAUGCAGUCGAGCAGGAAGAGCACUCAGAGCGCGCAUCUUUUAUCGUUGCAAUUGACGGCCCUGCAGGAACUCCCUUCUCUGGGGGCAGAUACAAAAUACGAAUAUUCCUGCCGAGGGAGUUUCCCUUCAAGUCUCCGUCGAUUGGGUUUGUCACAAAAGUAUUCCACCCAAACAUCGACGAAAACAGCGGAACUGUUUGCCUGGACGUUUUGAACCAAGUUUGGUCUCCCCUCUACGAUGUGCUAAACAUUGUGGAGACGUUUCUCCCGCAGUUGCUGGCGUAUCCAAACCCAGACGAUCCGCUAAACAUUGAGGCUGGGCGCAUGUUCAGGGAAAACAGGAAGGAGUACGAGAAGAAAGUGGCGGAGUAUGUCGGGAUGUAUGCAAAACCCCCCGCCUCAGACCCCGAGGCAGAGACGGACUUAUGCGAAGAAAUUGCAUAA